AUGGAAAACUCGAACCCUGACCAGCCAGAACAAAAGCCAGAUCCGGAAAUAAGAGUGAAUGUUGAAAACCCUCCUGAUGAGAAUCAAGCUGAAGAAGUAAAAAGCCAAGUUUCAGUAAAUAUGAAGCAAAUUGACCCAAGGGAUAUAUCUAAUCUCACACCUGCUGAGAGCCAAGACAGGCCUAAAAGAACACUCUCAGGUACUGUUGUACCUCCAGAACCAAGGAUAUCAGAAAUUGCAGGAGAUAAACUUGAAAGCAUGACCCACAAAGGCAGGUCACAAUUUGACAUAAAUUCAGUAAGAGAGAAGGUCAUCAGGACUCCUCUAGAAAGCAAGUUUAAUGAGCGACCUAUCUCAGGGAUGUCUCGCAAAUCAGUCGUCUUGAAUAAACUACCCAAGAAGACUAAUAUAGAGAAUAAAGAAAUAGAAUGGUUUGCUUUCGAGAAUAGAGUCAGAGAGAUCAUCAGGGAUAUCCUCGAACCAUAUGCGGUCAGGUCCAUUGACUUACAAGAAAGCGUCCAGCACCUCACUGAAAACCAUGACCAGUUUAAGAGAAAGCAAGAUGAAAUGGAAUUCGUCAUGCACAAACGCAGUCAUAGGAACAGUGGCAUCGACGAACUCAACAAGAAGCUUUUCGAUAUUGAAAAUGAGAGAAAGGUCAGAGAAGCUAAGAAUAUGCAAGCUAUAGAAGGUAUCAAAGUUCAGCUUGAAUCUACCCAAGAUCGUAUGACUCAAAUUGAAGAGCUCAGUCUGACAUUUAAAAAGCAAGCAAAUGAUAUCAAACAUGAAAUCAAUGGAUUCUUCGAUCAACUGACUGGAUUCCAAGAGAAAUUCUCAAGAGAGCAGUUGAAAUACAAGGAAGAAAUGAAUAGGAAUUUCCUUACCCUCAGAAAUCAGUAUCUCAAAACUGAGGAGUUAUCUAAGGUAAAUAAGAACUACAUCAACAACCACUUUGAUGAACUCAAGAGACAUGAUAUGGUCGUCCAGUCUUACCAGAAGAACUUCGCUGAGAUUUACAAGAAAAUCCAACAAAUGGACAAGCUCAAAAUAGACACCAGUGAUUUCAACGACGAACUGAUCAAAAUAAAGAAGGAUGUUAACCACGUUAGGUUCCUUAAUGAAGAUGUAUUUCAAAGUGUCCAGCUCAUCGAUAACUAUAUUGAAGAUUUCAUCCCUGUCAAGAUUGAAAGACAACUCAAGGAAUUUUAUUCAAAAAUGAAUCAAGCAAUUAACCAGAUCAGCCCAGUUUACAGAUACAAACAAAUUUUCAAGAAAGAAAAACCAGGAGAUAUUGCUGCUUUUGACCAAGAUUCUCCCAAAGAGGUAGAGCCAAUCCCUGAAGGAGUCGAAGAGACCAAAGAUGGCUCUAAAAAGCAGGAAAAUACUCCUUACUCCAGCCUUGGACCAAAAUCUAUGAUCGAGAAAUACAAGAAACUGACAACUGAUCUUGAAGGCCAGAAAGAAGAGCUCAAUUUAAUGGAGGAGCGCGAGAUCGAGAGAAUAGAAAAAUUACUCAAAGAGGAGGAAGAAUUUGAACUUGAUGCUGACAGAGUGGUUGACUAUCUUAUCAACCUCAUCGCUUACCUUAACGAUGAAGAGGAACAGGAAGGCAAACCAGGCCAAAUCUCUCGUAAAAAGGAUAUUAGUGUUAAGAAUUUACUCAAGAAGCGUUUCCAGCGUGCAGGUUUCACCAAAGAUGCUAUGAAUUAUAAAGAAAAUAGAUACGGAGGACAAAGAAGUUAUUCAAACACCUCUAAACCAACUAAACCGACAAACCAAACCUUAAAAUCUUCCGAAGAUUCCAAAAAUGAUGAUUAUCAUCAGAGCAUGAACCGGGCCCAUUCUAUAGGAGAUACUUCGAGUGUUGGCUUAAAGAAAAAUUCAAAAAGUGUAGGCUUGAAGCAAGACAGAAUCAACAAGGAAGCCCAAAAAUCCCAAUUCCAUGAUAAAUCAGAGUUUAACCACAGAAAGCUUAAAAUAGAAGAUCUUGAAGAAGAUACUGCGGAAAUGAUCUUUAAGGCUCUUGAUGACGUCAAAGAGAUCAAAGAAGCAAUUGUGAUUGAGAAAUCCAUGAUUGAAGAAACACUCAAGGAGCUCAAAGGAGAUUUCAGUAAAGAAAAAGAAGUUCUCAAUGCUAAAUUUGAAAGCAAAAAGGGCUUCAUUCAGAAAUACGUUGAAAAUAUCCAGAAAGAUCUUGAAGAAGAGUUGAUCAGAAGGAACAGAGAAAAGGCUAACUUCAACCUCAAACUUAAGAAUUUAGAAGAGAAAGUAGCUCACCUGAAGAAUAACUUUAACAACCAGGAUGAUAUAUCAGAGAUUCUUGGAGAGACAGUCAAUUUGCUAGUCCAGACAGCCAUGAUUAAUCAUUCCAUGGAGCUUCAGGAUGAGAUUGAUAGAGAAAAACUUGCACUAAUGGGAUAUAAAGAAGAAAAAGCAUCACAAAAGACCAUAUUAUCAAAACCAAAUGAGAAGAAAGUGACAAACACAAAUCCAUAUGUUACUAUUGAUCAGCAAUGCCUGACUUGUUCUGGACAAUCUUCUGUAGUAAUGAAGGCGUUCAAGAUCGCGUGUUUAGCUUAUAAGCCAAGUCCUGUGACAUUCCCUCAAAAUGAGGGGCCUACUUAUUCAAGGAUAGAUUUGAUAAACCUCAAGGGAAGGAUGCUCAAUAGACUUGAAGAAAUCCCAAUCACUAAAUCAAUGAGGCAGGAAGGAGCCAACCUGACUUCUGAAAGAAAGCUGAUCUUCAACAUGUAUCUGAAAGAGAAUGAUCUAAGAAAUAGCCAGAGAGAUCUUGCACUGAACAGUCUGUUCAAUACUAGACAACCCAAAAUUACGAUAAGAAGUGAGGCUAUGAGCGGUUCAGAGGCUGCUUACCCUGGUAGCCCUAGAGACAUGGGCCAUAAGUUAAGUAUGAAAUAUGAAGCAGAAGACUUUUUCAAGAAGAACAUGACCAUGCUUAGUGAUAAAACAUUAGCACUCUCAAGAAACCCGUUCAAUGAAAGAGGAGUUAAGAAAUUAAAGAAGGGUGAAGGCCUCAGAUCCCAGUUUGGGUCUCAAACAAUGUCCCUACCUCAGAUCAAGAGUGCGAGAGAGAUUGAUCCUGAUUCGAUCAACCCGUAGGUUAAUUUAUCAAUAUCUCCUCAAUUUCAACAUUAAAA